UCCCUCACAUCAUGUAGAAGUCGGCAGCUGCGUGAGAGAGGGAGAUGAAACCUCAACUUGAGAGCACGGACCCGAAAGAUGUUUACUGACACGGUUCUUAUUUAUUUCACGAAAUGACCAAAUGACAUCAUAUCUAGCUCGCACUGUAUUGGUUCUUAUGCCAAAUAAAAUGUUUUAGUCCUAUUUUCACCAGACAACUGUGAAGCCCGCGGCUGCAUACCGUCCAGUGAUUCAUUUCAGCUGAUUAUAAUUAGCGUUUCUCAAGCAACAGGAGUAGGACACAAUUCUCAAGCGGGUUGCUUUAGUAAUACAACAGCAGAACGAGCGCGUGGAGGCACCGGGACGGAACCUCUCACAUGCACGCCGCCGCGCGCUCCUGCAACACUGAACACGGGAUCCGCGCUCUGGACAUGAGGAGGACCUCAUCCCGAGCCUGAUUUCCUGCGGUCCCGGCCAUCUGUGUGGCUUCGACUCGGAGGAGAAAUUACUCUUACAAAAUGACACAGCCUCAGACGACCACGGAGCUGGAGCAGAGCUGCAGUAUGUCAAAAAAGAACAUGAUCUCCAAAAUUUUUAAAGUUCGCAAAAGGAGAGAAAUGCUGUUCGUGCAGGUGUGCUUCAUCUGCAGCGUCCUGUUAUUGGCUUGGUGUAUGUCGGCGUUGCUCACAAAGACGGGUCAUGGGCUGGUGAUACAGGAAGGUUUUGCUGCUCAAAGAGAUCACUUGGGGCGAAGGCUUAUGGCCAUAGCGGGAGACAAUGAGACUGAGGAGAAGAACUGCACAAGACCAGCCAUCCUCGAGUUCCCCAUGGAUGUGUUCACCAACAGACAGCGUACACAAGGAGCUGUUCUGCUACACAUAUUUGCGGCUUUAUAUAUGUUUCUGGCCCUUGCUAUUGUCUGUGAUGACUACUUUGUGACCUCUUUAGAAAAGAUCUGUGAGAAACUGCACCUGAGUGAAGAUGUAGCAGGAGCGACCUUCAUGGCAGCUGGAAGCUCCGCCCCAGAACUGUUUGCCUCUAUAAUUGGUGUGUUCAUUACACAUGGAGAUGUGGGGGUGGGUACCAUAGUGGGCUCAGCUGUGUUCAACAUCCUGUGCAUCAUCGGUGUGUGUGGGAUUUUUGCUGGGCAGGUUGUUUAUCUCACAAAGUAUGCUGUAUUCCGAGAUUCGACCUACUACAUUUUUUCUGUGGUUGCCCUUAUUGCAUUUAUUUAUGAUGACAAGAUUUUGUGGUGGGAGAGUCUGGUACUGAUUCUCAUGUAUGUUGGCUACAUCGUCAUCAUGAAGUUUAACACUAGCAUUCAAAACUACUUUGCGGGGACGGAAGGCAAAGGUGUCGUCAAUGGUAACGCGGUCAGCAGCGAGAUGGAGGAUGGUAAUGAAUGUUAUAGGCAGUUUUGGGAUGAUGCAUCAUGGCCACUCCUCAGCCCAGUAAAGCCCAGUAAAACAUACUCUAGGGGCUCUGUUGUGAUGGUGGAUGAGAUGAUAAAUUCAAGCCCUCCACAUUAUCGGUUUCCCGAGGCCGGCCUCAGGGUCAUGAUCACCAACCACUUUGGACCCAAGACGCGUCUCCGCAUGGCAAGCCGACUUAUCAUCAAUGAGCAGCAGCGGCUAGGGAAGAUGGCCAAUGGGGGGGACGAAGUGCUGGUGGCUGACCAGAGAGCUGACACCAUGGAAAAUGGCAACGUAGCAGAGGACAAACUCUCUGAGGUGCUGGAGAGUGAGAUGUCAUCUCCUUUCAGCUUGCCUGGCGGCGCUUUGGAUAAAGUGAAGUUUUUCAUUUCCUGGCCCAUUUUGGUGUUGCUGUACUUCACCGUGCCCAACUGUGCCAAGCCGCGGUGGGAGUUCUGCUUUAUGCUGUCCUUCUUCCUUUCGACGCUGUGGAUAGCUGCCUUCUCCUACAUCAUGGUGUGGAUGGUCACAGUCGUUGGAUACACUCUUGGAAUCCCAGAUGUCAUCAUGGGUAUAACUUUCCUGGCUGCUGGCACCAGUGUUCCUGACUGCAUAGCUAGUCUUAUUGUCGCACGACAAGGCCUGGGGGACAUGGCUGUCUCGAACACGAUUGGCAGCAACGUCUUUGAUAUCCUGGUUGGGCUCGGCGUACCCUGGGGCAUCCAGACGAUGGCUGUCAACUAUGGCUCUGUGGUUCAAAUUAACAGUAGAGGACUGGUUUACUCCGUUGUCCUGCUGCUUGGUUCGGUCGCUUUAACCGUGUUGGGGAUCCAUGUGAACAGGUGGAGAUUGGACUUCAAGCUGGGCGUGUACGUGCUUGUGCUGUAUGUAAUAUUCCUCUGCUUUUCCGUCAUGAUUGAAUACAACGUCUUCACGUUCGUCAACCUGCCCAUGUGUCUCGAGGAAUUAUAGGCCAGGAGAUUUUCAUGGGUCUCUACUGUUGAAGAAAACCACUGUCUCCCACUUCACAUUCACACCAAUGUGGUUCAGAUGGAGGAACUGCAUUACCCAGAAGACUGUUGACUCCAUCAAUUCCAGGAAAUAAAAUUCUCCUUGGCAGCUCUCUUUAUAACUGGAUAUUCUUCCACUCCUGAGCCUUGGACAAUCACAAUGCAGCUCAUAAUUGUCUUCACUGGAUUGUUUGAAGCUGGAUGAUUCAGACUGUACACUUUCAUCACAAACUGCACACACAGCAAUGACAAAGAAUGCUGCUCAUUCCUAUAUGCAUUAGCAAUCUACCUUUUCUAAUUUCUGUCUUCCCUUAAGACACUCUAUGAAUAAAAUGCACUUUAUAUGUGGCAUAAAACAUCUAUAUCACAUUAAUUUAUUUCCUCCAGUACGAAAAAAAUUAAGUAUGUCCUUAAUGUGGUGCAACAAAAAGAUGGGCCUGACAUGAAAUCACUGCCCUCGGGCAAGAAAGUCAUUCUCGCAGCUCGUUACACCCAAGAAAACUCUUGAAAAUAUGACUCGUAACAGAUGUGAAGCAUUUUCUGUUAUGGAUCAAGCAGCAGGGGGCGAGAUGUUCUGGAAUCCAAAUGAGCUGGACAAUAUAUUUCCUGCUGAGAGCUUCUGGCAGGUGCCCAAUGGAGAGGUUAGCGAGAGGGACCAGCUUCUGAAGCUCUUUUAGAUAUGUUUUGGUUUCCGUUUAUCGUUCCUGACCUGCAUUAGUGAAUGGAACCGAUCAUCAUAAAGCACACAUCAAAAGCUGCUCCUCGCCUCUCGUUCAGACCAGAGCAGACGACCCUCAGGACCGCUCUUUGCUUGUUUUAGCAGUGUGGAAGAUGAGCCUGGCAACUGUGGCUGCUUUAAUAUUUCGUAUGCAUACUGAUGACAUCACAGAGGAUCCUGGAUUUUGCAAACAUUCUAUAAAUGUAUGUGUUUGUGGUUUAUGUCUAAAUAUAACAUCACUGAUCCUGUUUGAAUUAGUGCUUCCUAACAUGAGGGGUGGGGGGUGGAUUUACAUGUGAUCCAAAAGGCCAUUUUAUUUUUUUUUCCUAAUGCACCCGUACCUCUCUCUCUGGAUCUUUAUUACCGUUUGUCUGUAAUGCAUGAUUUGACACAAAGAAGCCAUUUCUAAAGCAGGGCAAAAGCUUUGUGAGCUCACUGUCAAUGUCCCUAUAAGGAUGAAUCUCACGAAAUUGUGCCCAGGUAAUAUUUCACCCUAAAAUCAAAAGAAAAAACAAAUUAUAUUGUGCAAGUACAGUAAGUAAAUGUUUAGGACCAUUUAUUUCCAUGGCAGUUGAGUACUUUUUAAAUCCCAAAAAUAUUACCAUGACAUUAUAAAUACUUAAAAUUUAUUCUUUAAAAUGUAAAUGGUUUUUUUUUUAAAUCAUUACGAGUAUGUGAAUGAAAUGAAACAUGGAAAUGUUUAAGGUUUUUUGCGUAAUUAUGAGAUUUUGUUUGUUUUGUUUUUUUGCCGUGAUGAAAAUUACAGUAGUGAGUUUGAGGUAGAAAAUGUACUUUGGGGUGAAAUAUGACCUGAGCAUAUUCUUGACAGGUCUCCUGAGAGUCACCCAUAAAUGGCAGCUACCGGACCCCUAUUCGGCUGCUAGUGGACUCAGGAGAUCUGAACUUGAGCUUAGGGGAACACGUGUUUGUGUCUUUUGUCAGUCGUAGAACCUGUCGUUGUCAAGUGCUAGGAGGUGCUGUUGUGUGUGCAGAACGACAGGUGUUGCAGUAUUUGAUGUACACAUUAUAUAUGAUAUAUGCAAUCUAAGUGGGUGAGGGCUGAGUAUGGGGAUUAUAUUUUCAUAGUGGAGCCAUGUUUGUGAAAGCUGCUGAAAUCGCCCACCGCUGUUACACGAGCAUGCUGAUUCUGUCAUCUAAUCUGACAUCACGUUAUUGCCAUUCUGUAGAAAGCCAACUUUAGUUUAUUGUGGCUUUGUGUUGUGCGGAAUGACGGUGUUGUCUUGAUGACUCUUUUCUUUCGUCUUUGUUCUGUGGUGUUUUUCAGUGGUGAUCUGUACGAUUACAUUAUUCAGCUGAAAUUGAUACACCAUAUGCAUAAUGUUGGAGGAGCAUUGAAAGCUUCUUUCUAUGCCUGGUUGCCAUGUUAUAUAGUCUUUCUAGCAUUAAAUGCUGCCAAUAAUUUAGUACUUUAGGUCUGUUUUGUUUGUUUCUCUCCUGGUUGUUUUGGGAGUUCUCUUUUUUUUUCCAGUGCAAUAGUUUGUGCAUUCAUCUACUGCAUUUAUUUGAAUCUUGUCAGCACACUAUCCUUUACUAUUGACUUUGUUGCUGAUAAUUUGUGCCAUGUUUGAUGUAAGUGCUACCAUUUGAACUGAAAUUUUUUUUUUAGUUUUUAUAUAAACCUCUGACCUCUGGGGUGGUUUGAUUUGUUUCAUUGGGUCACUUCGGAUGGGAUGUCUUUGUUGCCAGUUGUAUAGCACUCUCACAUGAGUAGUCUUAUAUGCACUCUCCAUUGUAUGUCUUCAGAGGACAGAAACUUCAAGGAAAAUGCUUCAAAUGACUCUGUCAGGCAUGAAUAUGCACACACAUGAGACACAUGCACAGAUACAUGCGCAACUGCUUCACAAGUGACCUGCUGCACUGUGAGUGGAACGGCAUUUAAGAAACCUUCUGUAAGGUACAGAUUUAAUGAUUUUCAACAUAAGACGUUGGUGUGUAACUUGAAUGUAUUGUCUUGCAAGCAGUGGAUGUAUCCAACCAAUGCAUUUUAAUGUAAAGCAAUAAUCUAAAACGAAUAUGAAUAACUAUAUGAAUCAUACGAGUAUUGUAUGGAGAAACAAAUUAAAUUAUACAGUUUAUCAAUGUU